CUGCUCUUUUUCAUUAAACAACGAAAGGUCUUCGGGACUGGAUCAUCAAGAGCGACUUGUUAAAUACAAUCGGCUGACUUGCACAUUAGUGUUGUUUCAGCCAUUUAAAAAAGAGUGCAACAACAGUGAUAAAUCAGUGAUUUUACUGCAUUCCUUGCGACGCAAUUCCGAGUGUCUUUGUGGUCUUUAUCUCACCUGAUAGCCAGAUGAAUCACCUUGUGGUUUGAAACCCGUUUUCGCCCUCGAACUUGGCACAAAUCGCAGUGAUUCCGCGACUUAUCACAAUGCGCACAGCUGUUUUGCUGCCACUUUUGGCCCUGCUGGCGGUGGCCCAGGCCGUUUCCUUCGCCGACGUGGUCAUGGAGGAAUGGCAUACGUUCAAGCUGGAGCACCGAAAGAACUAUCAGGAUGAUACCGAGGAGCGUUUCCGCCUCAAGAUCUUCAAUGAGAACAAGCACAAGAUUGCCAAGCACAACCAGCGAUUCGCCGAGGGCAAGGUGAGCUUCAAACUGGCGGUCAACAAGUACGCCGAUUUGCUGCACCACGAAUUCCGCCAGCUGAUGAACGGCUUCAACUACACUCUGCACAAGCAGCUGCGUGCCGCCGAUGAGAGCUUCAAGGGAGUCACCUUCAUCUCGCCGGCUCAUGUGACGCUGCCCAAGUCUGUGGAUUGGCGCACCAAGGGAGCUGUGACCGCCGUCAAGGAUCAGGGACACUGCGGCAGCUGCUGGGCCUUCUCCAGCACAGGCGCCCUCGAGGGUCAGCAUUUCCGCAAGUCCGGUGUCCUCGUCUCGCUGUCCGAGCAGAAUCUGGUCGAUUGCUCCACCAAGUACGGCAACAAUGGAUGCAACGGCGGUCUCAUGGACAAUGCCUUCCGCUAUAUCAAGGAUAAUGGCGGCAUUGACACCGAGAAGUCCUAUCCCUACGAGGCCAUCGAUGACUCGUGCCACUUCAACAAGGGCACAAUUGGAGCCACCGAUCGUGGAUUCACCGAUAUUCCCCAGGGUGAUGAGAAGAAGAUGGCCGAGGCUGUGGCCACCGUUGGUCCCGUUGCCGUCGCCAUCGAUGCCUCCCACGAGUCGUUCCAGUUCUAUUCGGAGGGCGUCUACAACGAGCCCCAGUGUGAUGCCCAGAAUCUGGAUCACGGUGUGCUGGUCGUUGGCUUCGGCACCGACGAGUCCGGCGAGGAUUACUGGCUGGUGAAGAACUCGUGGGGCACCACCUGGGGCGACAAGGGCUUCAUCAAGAUGCUGCGCAACAAGGAGAACCAGUGCGGCAUCGCCAGCGCCUCCAGCUAUCCCCUGGUCUAGAGCAGAACUGAUGUAGUUUAGCCACAGCAUUCAUAUAAUAUCAUAUGAUAUGAUUUAGAAAAGAAACAGAAAAGAUACUAACGCAAGCAUCUCAAAAAUGAACUUUAAUAAUUAAGCCCAUCAUAUUUAAUGAACUAAUUUUGUAAUGGGUCCAUUGUAUUCGCGUUUCUCUGCCAUCAUGUAUGAUAUAG